GAAAGUAUGAGCAAGUCCAGAAGAAUUUGAAAGAAGUGGAGAAACAGCUGGAAGAAGCCCAGCAGAAAAUUCAGUUAAAUGACUUGGAAAAAAAUCACACUGGAGGAGCAGACGAGUGGCAGAUGCGCCUUGACUGCGCUCAGAUGGAGAACGAGUUUCUCAGAAAGCGUCUACAGCAAUGCGAGGAGAGGCUGGACACAGAGCUGACGUCCAGAAAAGAGCUGGAGCAGAAGCUUGGGGAGCUGCAAAUUGCUUAUGAGGGGGCCAAGCAGAUGUCUCACCAACUGAAGAGGAAGUGCCACCAUUUGACCUGUGACUUGGAGGACACCCGUGUGCUCCUGGAGAACCAGCAAAGCCGAAACCAUGAGCUGGAGAAGAAGCAGAAGAAGUUUGACAUGCAGCUGGGCCAGGCUCUGGGUGAGUCCGUGUUUGAGAAGGGCCUCCGUGAGAAAGUGACCCAGGAGAACACCAGCGUGCGGUGGGAGCUAGGCCAGCUGCAGCAGCAGCUGAAGCAAAAGGAGCAGGAAACCUUGCAGCUGAAGCAAGAAGUGGAGAUGUUGCAGAACCAUAAGCAGGAGCUGCUGGGGUCACCCUUUCUGGGGGAAAACGUUGUUGCUGGCUUGAAGGAGAGACUCUGGAAGCUGGAAUCCAGUGCCAUCGAGCAACAGAAAAUCCACAACCAGCAGGAAAACACCAUCAAGCAGCUGGAGCAGCUCCGCCAGCGGUUUGAACUGGAGAUUGAGCGGAUGAAGCAGAUGCACCAGAAGGAUCGGGAGGACCAGGAAGAGGAGCUGGAAGAUGUCCGUCAGUCCUGCCAGAAACGGCUCCGUCAGCUGGAAAUGCAGCUGGAGCAAGAAUAUGAAGAGAAGCAGAUGGUCCUCCAUGAGAAGCAAGAUUUGGAAGGCUUGAUUGGAACCCUCUGUGAUCAGAUUGGCCAUCGGGACUUUGAUGUGGAGAAGCGUCUUCGGAGGGACCUCAGGAGGACUCACGCACUUUUGUCAGACGUGCAGCUCCUCCUGGGGAGCAUGGAGGAUGGCAAGACAUCAGUCAGCAAGGAGGAGCUGGAGAAAGUGCACAGCCAGCUGGAGGAGAGUGAAGCCAAGUGUGAGGAUGCUUUGAAGACCCAGAAAGCGCUGACGGUGGACCUGGAGAGCAUGCACAGCGAGCUGGAGAACAUGACCCGGAGCAAGAGUCUGGUGGAUGAGCAGCUGUACCGGCUGCAGUUUGAGAGGGCGGACCUCCUGAAGCGCAUCGACGAGGACCAGGAUGACCUGAAUGAGCUCAUGCAGAAGCACAAGGACCUCAUUGCUCAGUCUGCUGCUGACAUCGGGCAGAUCCAAGAACUGCAGCUGCAGGUGGAGGAAGCCAAAAAGGAGAAGCAUAAGCUUCAAGAACAAUUGCAGGUGGCCCAGAUGCGCAUCGAGUACCUGGAGCAGUCCACUGUGGAUCGAGCCAUCGUGAGCAGACAGGAGGCGAUCAUCUGUGACCUGGAGAACAAGACGGAGUUCCAGAAAGUGCAGAUUAAGAGAUUUGAGGUCCUGGUGAUCCGGCUUCGGGACAGCCUGAUCAAGAUGGGCGAGGAGCUGUCACGGGCAGCGACGUCAGAGUCCCAGCAGCGGGAGAACAGCCAGUAUUACCAGCGGCGUCUGGAGGAGCUGAAGGCUGACAUGGAAGAGCUGGUGCAGCGGGAAGCAGAGGCCAGCCAGCGGUGCAUGGAGCUGGAGAAGUACGUGGAGGAGCUUGCAGCAGUGAGGCAAACCCUCCAGACAGACCUGGAGACAUCCAUCCGGCGGAUUGCUGACCUGCAGGCGGCCUUGGAAGAGGUGGCAUCCAGUGACAGUGAUACAGAGAGCGUCCAGACGGCAGUGGAUUGUGGUGGCCAUGGAAAAAAAGAGAUGGAUAACGUCUCCAUCCUCAGCUCCCAGCCAGAGGGCAGUCUGCAGUCCUGGUUGAGCUGUUCUCUGUCCCUGGCCACAGACACCAUGAGAGCCCCCUCUCGACAGUCAGCCACCAGCAGCCACAUCCUCAGCCCCAGGAUGAACAAAGAAGCAGGAGAUGCUGAGAGGACCCAGCCUGUGUUGGCACUGAGCAGAGCCCGGGAUGUCCAUAGCAAGACCUCAGGAGACAAGUCUGUUUCUCCAGACUCCAUCUGCUGGCGAAAGUACUCCCAUUUGGGGGGUGGAGAAGGGUUUGGUGUCCAGAGAAAGCCCACGGAGAGAUUAGGAGCUCUGUCUUCUUCUCUGGGUUCUCGGAGUACAGAUACAUCCCCAGUGUCCAGGGAAAAGCUGCCCAGUCCUUCAGCAGCCCUUUCAGAGUUCGUGGAAGGACUCCGGAGGAAGAGAGCCCAGAAGGGCCAGGGCUCCACUCUGGGCCUGGAGGACUGGCCCACUCUUCCCAUUUACCAGACCACUGGGGCUUCCACGCUGAGGAGGGGCAGGGCUGGCAGUGAUGAGGGAGACCUCUCGCUGAGGUUUGGGGCAAAAUCACCCCUAGAAAUGGAGGGAGCCACUGGGACAUCGGCUGGUCUCCUGCGAUCCACCAGCCUGAAAUGCAUCUCUUCGGAUGGCACUGAGGGUACAACCCUGCUGCCUGAGAAGCGGAAGAUCCAGUUCAGUUCCUGUGAGUCCCUCCUAGAAUCAGGUCCCAGCUCGGGCAAGAAACUGAGCUCACCAACCAUACUCAGGAACACACUCUUAUCUCCCACGCUGCGUCCUCGGAGGCGGUGUCUGGAGUCUUCAGUGGACGAUGCGAGCUGUCCAGACCUUGGGAAGGAGCCACUUGUCUUCCAGAACCGCCAGUUUACUCACCUGGUGGAGGAGCCUCUAGACAGUGACCCGUCCAGCUGGAAGCUCCCAAGCCUCAACUACAAGCGCAAGACCAAAGUGGACUUUGAUGACUUCCUCCCAGCCAUUCGGAAGCCCGAGGCUCCUACAUCCUUGGCUGGAACAGCCAAAGAUAUGCAACACGGUCCACAACAUUCAAGCAUCCACUUUGAAACAGAAGAGUCUGACCGUUCCUUUCUCUCGGGGAUCAAGACCAUUCUGAAAAAGAGCCCAGAGUCCAAGGAGGACCCUGCUCACCUCUCUGACUCAUCCUCAUCCUCCAGCUCCAUUGUGUCCUUCAAAAGCGCUGACAGCAUCAAGAGUCGACCGAGAAUUCCACGACUUGAGGGUGAUGGUGGGGAGAGGACAUCCCCCGAGCACAGAGAGCCAGAGGCAGGGAAGAAGGGUGAUGACGUCGAGAGCAUAAUGAAGAAAUAUCUCCAGAAGUAGCAACUAGCUCAGCCUCCUGAGAUGCAGCUUCCCAUGAAGACUUCCCAGCUCCAUAAAAAUUUGGAGAGAGAGAGACCGGCCAGGCCUCCCCAGGAGCCCUCAGUCCAGAGCCAGCCAGCAAGGCCACCCAAAAAGCAAGAUGGGCUCAGCAGAGGCAUAUCCCGUGGGGGCGUGGGGCUCCCUGUGUGCUUGGUCCGUACAAAAUAAAGUGUUGGCUCCUUGGCA